AUGGCUCGACGUAACGAAUGUUUGGAAUGCAAAGUAUUUGUGGGAGGCCUACCUAAUGAUGCAUCAAGUGAAGAAUUAGAAGAAGCAUUCAGCAAAUACGGUCGCAUCAAAAAAGUUUGGUUGGCACGUCGUCCACCCGGUUUUGCAUUUAUUGAAUUCGAAGAUAGUCGAGAUGCGGAAGAUGCAGUAAAGGGACUUGAUGGAACACGCAUUUGUGGUGUCCGCCCAAGAGUGGAGUUUUCGCAUGGUGGUUCACGCCGUGGUGGUCGAGGAGGUGGAGGUAGACGUCGUUCGAGGACACCGAUACGCCGACGAUCACUCAGUCGUUCGCGCUCACCGCUGCCGCGAAGAUCGCCGCGGUAUAGCCGUAGCCGUAGCCGCAGUUUAAAUAGGGAUAAAUGA